UCCGUCACGUGUUUUGCUCCUCGGGAGUGAGACCGCGGCGCGGUCAGAGGGGGCCGGCGCGCGGUGCCAGACGCCGCCGCCGCUUGUUUUGGUUGGGGCUCUCGGCAACUCUCCGAGGAAGAGGAGGAGGAGGAGGAGGGAGAAGUAACUGCGGCGGCUGCGCCUCCGGAGGAUCGGGCGUCUUCUCCCCCUUCACCCCCCAUCUCUUCCCAAACCUCCCUCCCCGCCGCCUCCCCCUCCCGUCCCUUUCCCUCCUCCCUCGCGGACUGGAGCUUGGGGCAGGGAUGAGUCUGUCCCUCUGGACCGUCCCCUGCUCCCCUGGCUGCCCAGUAGCGUUGCGCGUGGAAAAGCCACUUUCCCCGCCCGCCGAGAUGGGCUCGAGUGCGGGCUGCAGAGGACGCGUCCUCGGGUGGCGGCAGCAGCAGCAACAGCCGCAGCGCCGCGGUCUCUGCGAUUGAGCUGGUAUUUGGGCGGCUGGUGGCGGCGGGGACGGUUGGAGGGUGGGAGGAGGCGGAGGAGGAGGAGAAGGAGGAGGGAGAACCCCGUGCAACGUUGGGACUUGGCAGCCCGCCUCCCCCUGCCCAAGGAUAUUUAAUUUGCCUCGGGAAUCGCUACUUCCAGAGGGGAACUCGAGAGGGAAGGCGCGCGCGCCUGAAGGGCCAAGCUGGGACUCCUCGGUCGCUGCUGCCUCCCUGCACCGGACUCGAUCAGGGGCGGCGAGGGAUGCAUCUUAGCUUCUUCUGGGCUGCGGAGACUCGGGGGAGACUUGGUCCUCAGAAGACUGCGGCUGCACUCACCCUAGACACACUGCCUUCCCCUCCGGGCAUGAAACGCCCUUAAACUCGGGUCCGGCAAUCUUCCUUGGCGCAACUACCUCGCCCUUCGGCUGCCCUUUUUCAGCGCCGGGAACAGCGACGAUUUCGGAAUCAGGGUUUCUGCUUCCUUCAGCCCCGGAGUGCAUGUGCGGGGCCGCAUCGCGAAUACUCCCCCCACCCAGUUUUUCGGCACCUCCCUCGGCUCCGCAGCAGUAUGGCGAGCCCUCCAGAUACCGAUGGCUUCUCGGACGUGCGCAAGGUGGGUUACCUGCGCAAACCCAAGAGUAUGCACAAGCGCUUUUUCGUGCUGCGAGCAGCCAGCGAGACCGGGGGCCCGGCACGCCUGGAGUACUAUGAGAACGAGAAGAAGUGGCGGCAUAAGUCGAGCGCCCCCAAACGCUCGAUCCCCCUCGAGAGCUGUUUCAACAUCAACAAGCGGGCUGACUCCAAGAACAAGCACCUGGUGGCUCUCUACACCCGAGACGAACACUUUGCCAUUGCGGCAGAUAGCGAGGCUGAGCAAGACAGCUGGUACCAGGCGCUUCUGCAGCUGCAUAAUCGAGCAAAGGCCCACCAUGACGGGGCUGGAGGUGGAGGCUGCGGUGGUAGUUGCAGCGGCAGCUCUGGCGUUGGAGAAGCAGGGGAGGACUUGAGCUAUGACACUGGACCAGGACCCGCGUUCAAGGAGGUCUGGCAGGUUAUCCUGAAACCCAAGGGCCUGGGCCAGACAAAGAACCUGAUUGGCAUCUAUCGUCUCUGCCUGACCAGCAAGACCAUCAGCUUUGUGAAGCUGAACUCCGAGGCAGCGGCUGUGGUGCUGCAGCUAAUGAACAUCAGACGCUGUGGCCACUCAGAGAACUUCUUCUUCAUUGAGGUGGGGCGUUCCGCCGUGACGGGGCCCGGCGAGUUCUGGAUGCAAGUGGAUGACUCCGUGGUAGCCCAGAACAUGCACGAGACCAUCCUAGAGGCCAUGCGGGCCAUGAGCGACGAGUUUCGCCCGCGCAGCAAAAGCCAGUCCUCAUCCAGUUGCUCCAACCCCAUCAGUGUUCCCCUUCGCAGGCACCAUCUCAACAAUCCUCCACCCAGCCAGGUGGGCCUGACUCGCCGAUCUCGCACCGAGAGCAUCACUGCAACCUCCCCUGCCAGCAUGGUGGGUGGGAAACCAGGUUCCUUCCGGGUGCGCGCCUCUAGCGAUGGCGAAGGCACCAUGUCCCGUCCAGCAUCAGUGGAUGGCAGUCCUGUGAGCCCUAGCACCAACAGGACCCACACCCAUCGGCAUCGAGGAAGCUCCAGGCUUCACCCUCCACUCAACCACAGCCGCUCCAUCCCUAUGCCUUCUUCCCGCUGCUCGCCUUCAGCCACCAGCCCAGUCAGUUUGUCAUCCAGUAGCACUAGUGGCCAUGGCUCCACCUCAGACUGUCUCUUCCCGAGGCGCUCCAGUGCUUCGGUGUCCGGUUCUCCUAGUGAUGGCGGUUUCAUCUCUUCUGAUGAGUAUGGUUCUAGUCCGUGCGAUUUCCGAAGUUCCUUCCGCAGCGUCACCCCAGAUUCCCUGGGUCACACCCCACCAGCCAGGGGUGAGGAAGAGCUGAGCAACUACAUCUGCAUGGGUGGCAAGGGAGCCUCCACCUUGACUGCCCCCAAUGGACAUUACAUUUUGUCUAGGGGUGGUAAUGGCCAUCGCUACCUCCCAGGUGCUAACUUGGGGACAAGCCCGGCAUUGACUGGGGAUGAAGCCACCAGCGCAGCAGAUCUGGAUAACCGGUUUCGGAAGAGAACUCACUCCGCAGGCACGUCCCCUACCAUCUCCCAUCAGAAGACCCCCUCACAGUCUUCUGUGGCUUCUAUUGAGGAGUAUACGGAGAUGAUGCCCGCUGCAUACCCACCAGGAGGUGGCAGUGGAGGCCGACUGCCCAGCUACCGGCAUUCCGCCUUCGUGCCCACCCACUCCUAUCCCGAAGAGGGUCUAGAGAUGCACCCCUUGGAGCGUCGCGGGGGCCACCACCGUCCGGACACUUCUACCCUGCACACCGAUGACGGCUACAUGCCCAUGUCUCCAGGGGUGGCUCCAGUGCCCAGCAACCGUAAAGGAAAUGGGGACUAUAUGCCCAUGAGCCCCAAAAGUGUAUCCGCCCCACAGCAGAUCAUUAACCCCAUCCGACGCCACCCUCAGAGAGUGGACCCCAACGGCUACAUGAUGAUGUCUCCCAGUGGCAGUUGCUCCCCUGACAUUGGUGGUGGCUCCAGCAGCAGCAGCAGUGCCGCCCCGUCUGGGAGCAGCUAUGGGAAGCCGUGGACAAAUGGAGUAGCGGGGCACCAUCCUCAUGCCCUGCCUCAUUCCAAAGCCCCUGCUGAGAGUGGUGGCGGUAAGCUCUUGCCUUGCACAGGCGACUAUAUGAACAUGUCACCCGUGGGAGACUCCAACACCAGCAGCCCCUCGGAAUGCUACUACGGUCCCGACAAUCCCCAGCACAAACCAGUCCUCUCCUACUACUCAUUGCCAAGGUCUUUUAAGCACACCCAGCGCCCUGGGGAGCCAGAGGAGGGUGCCAGGCACCAGCAUCUUCGUCUCUCUUCUAGCUCUGGACGCCUUCUCUACGCUGCAACUGCGGAAGAUUCUUCCUCUUCUACCAGCAGUGACAGCUUAGGUGGGGGUUACUGUGGGGCUAGGCCAGAGUCUGGCCUCACAUAUCCCCACCACCAUGUCUUGCAACCCCAUCUGCCUCGAAAGGUAGACACAGCUGCACAGACCAACAACCGCCUGGCCCGGCCUACAAGGCUGUCCUUGGGAGAUCCCAAGGCAAGCACCUUACCGCGGGUUCGGGAGCAGCCGCCGCCGCAGCAGCCUUCGCUACACCCUCCUGAGCCCAAGAGCCCAGGGGAAUAUGUGAAUAUUGAAUUCGGGAGUGGCCAGCCUGGCUAUUUAGCUGGCCCCGCGACUUCCCAUAGCUCUCCUUCAGUUCGGUGUCCACCCCAGCUCCACCCAGCUCCCAGAGAAGAGACUGGCUCGGAAGAGUACAUGAACAUGGACUUGGGGCCAGGCCGGAGGGCAGCCUGGCAGGAGAGUGGUGGCAUUGAGUUGGGCAGAGUAGGCCCUGCACCUCCAGGGGCUGCUAACAUUUGCAGGCCAACCCGGUCAGUGCCAAGUAGUCGUGGUGACUACAUGACCAUGCAGAUAGGUUGUCCUCGUCAAAGCUAUGUGGAUACCUCACCAGUGGCUCCAGUCAGCUAUGCUGAUAUGCGGACAGGCCUUGCUGCGGAGAAGGUGAGCCUGCCCAGAGCCGCAGGGGCUGCUCCAUCUUCGUCCUCAACAGCUUCUGCUUCUCCUGCUGCACCUCAAGGAGCAGCUGAGCAGGCUGCUCACUCUUCCCUGCUGGGAGGCCCUCAGGGACCUGGGGGCGGGAGUGCAUUCACCAGAGUGAAUCUCAGUCCCAAUCAUAACCAGAGUGCCAAAGUGAUUCGUGCAGACACUCAAGGCUGCCGGAGGAGACAUAGCUCCGAGACCUUCUCAGCACCAACUCGGGCUGGUAACACAGUGUCCUUUGGAGCAGGGGCUGCAGGAGCGGGCAGUGGUGGCGGUGGCGGCAGUAGCAGCGAGGAUGUAAAACGCCACAGCUCUGCAUCUUUUGAGAAUGUGUGGCUGAGACCUGGGGAUCUAGGGGGAGCCUCCAAGGAAACAGCUCAAGCGUGUGGAGCUGCUGGGGGUUUGGAGAAUAGUCUUAACUACAUAGACCUGGAUUUGGCCAAGGACGUGAAACAGCGUCCUCAGGAGUGCCCUUCUCAACAGCAGCCCCUACCACCCCCUCCCUCUCACCAGCCCUCAGGCAGCAAUGAGGGCAGCUCCCCCAGACGCUCCAGUGAGGAUUUAAGCACCUAUGCCAGCAUCAGCUUCCAGAAGCAGCCAGAGGACCGUCAGUAGCUCAACUGGACAUCACAACAGAACGAAGACCUAAAUGACCUCAGAAAAUCCUCCUUUAACUCAUGGGUACCCAGACUCAAACUAUUUCACAACUCACAAACAGGACCUCACGUCUUCCUCUGCCGUAGAUGGUACGAUGCAUCCAUUACAGUUUGUUUACUCUGUACAAUCCUCAGGAGUUCAUUGACUGAACUGCACGUUCAAUAUUGUGCCAAGCAAAAAGCAAGCACUGUGACCCCGGGACAAUGAGUCUGCGUAAACUUCAUCUUGAACCUUAAGGACUUCGCUGGCCACAGUGAGCUGGUGAGCCUAUCACCAUGCCGUAAGAGAAUGAAUGGGUUUAUUCUCGUCGCGUCUACAAGCGUCUGUUUCAUCCAUCUACUCUGAAACCGUGUGCCAUGAAGCGCCACUGUAAAUUAUUUCAUACGGAACUGUUCACGUUGGGUGGAGAGAGUAUUAAAUAUUUAACAUAGGUUUUGAUUUAUAUGUGUCAUUUUUUAAUGAAAAUGUAACUUUCCUUACCGCACAUCUUUUUUUGGAUGUGGAACUGAGGUAUUUGAUGUUCUGUUGUAAAGAGUGGAGCAAAUGCUUAAAACGAGGCGAAGAAGAGUAGUCUAGGGUAUGAUCCUUGUUUUGAGAUUCUAAUUCAGAAGAAUAAUAUAAUAAGAAUCAUAGUGCCAUAGAAAGUUCUGUACUAUAUAGUUAUACUCGCUGAUACUGUCUCCUGUAAUAUAAACUUGAUGUUGAGCUGAGUUCCUUUUAAAAAUUCAUUCUAGUUUUGGUUUUUGGUUUUUGGGUUUUUUUUGGCUUUUUUUCCAAACAGAAGGAGGAUGUAUUCUACUGGGGUGCUUUCAGUUGUCAGCUUAGAGUUGGUAACUGAAUGGAAGCAAAUUUGCAAGAAAAGAAAACCACAGACUUUCAUUGUAUAUACUGUAGAGAGGAGGCAUGAGCGAUCCCUUCAAGUCAAAAGCUCUCUUUGGAAUGAAGAAUGUGGGUGUUUAUAAAUUCUGGAAAUGUCUUUCUGUUCAUAAUAAACUAGACACUGUUGAUCUCCCCUUCCCCACCUCUAUAAGCUUCUCGCUCCCACCCCCCUCUUUCUGUGUACACAUCAUGUUUCAUUUCAUACAUUGUCUUGAAAAGGCUGUUAGGAGAAGUGUGUUCUUGCUAACUGGAAAUUAAAAUUCCAGAUUCUUCCUUCCUUCUGCCCUCCCUCCCCCCUCCCCUUCCUUCCUUCCUUCCUUCCUUCCUUCCUUCCUUCCUUCCUUCCUUCCUUCCUUCCUUCCUUCCUUCCAGGGCUCCAUGUCAUGUUCCCUAAGACACCUAUCUCUUGUGUUCUGAGAGCUUCCAGUGUUGUGUGUGUUUUAGAUGAAUGCAGUUGGCCCAUUUGCCCUGGUGUUUGCUGGCCUUUUAGCGGUUAUCUAAUAAACGUGGUUUACAGAGAGCACAGAAAAACAUAGUGACCUGCCACUGAGGCAUCUAGCCAGCAGUGAACAUGUUAAUCCUUUCCUUGUUUGGAAAGUCCACGUGUCUUGGAAUUUUUCAUGUAUUAAGUAGCAAUGGCAAUGAAUAUACCUGAAGAUGUUUCCUCCAGAAUUGUAAAUUAUUGCCAUAAAACUUCUGAAAAGUAUAGCGAAUUGAUGCAGUGCCGGGCUCCCUCUGAGUCCCUAGGAAGGCAACCCUGCUCGGAGGAGGAGCAACUCUCUGCCUCUGGGAAGGAAUGAGCUGCCUGGGUGGGGCUGCAAGGAAGAGCUAGGGCAAAGGCACUGAUUAGGGACCCCUUGCUCUAUUUAGAGGGAUAAACUGACCCCCGACUGCUGAGGCCAGUGUUAGCACUCAGCCAGAAGACACGUACCUCACAAACUGUUGUACAAUGUUCAUUGUUGCAGAUUGUAAUCAUUUGCAUGCUCAUCAGUUUCUAAGGUAAAUAGGUCUCUAGUCAUAAGUAUACAUUGUUUUCAAGGAACUCUGCCGAGUGACAUCAUUUGCUGUCAGUAGAAAACUCCACUGGCUUUGAAAAAUCUGAUGUGAAAGUUGUUUUUUUUUAUUUUUUGUUUUUUCUUUUUGUUUUUACAAAUGUGUAAGCAAAGACUCUCAUUGUCAAAGUAACUUUUCAUUCUUUAAGUAUUCUGACUCAAAUGCUUGCUAAUGUAAGAAGAAAGCAAGCUGCUUGCUCCCCACCCCACCCCCCAGGACCUGAGUAAUGGAAGGGAGAGCAGUGAACAAAGUCAGCCCCAACUGUUUGCCUAGAAAGCCGGCUGUGAUAGCUCACGGAGCCCAGGCUUCAGAUAUCUGUGACUAUCAUGCUUCUGUAUGUGGGGUUAUUGACAUUUGGGGUGACAGUGGAAAAGAAGAGCCUGGACAGGUAUCUCCUAGUUUCUUGCUUUUUAUGGAGUCAAUAUUGCAAAGGUGGACAUUCUUCCUUCAGCUUCCUCUAGAGUCACCUGAGCUGGGUGGGAUGAAAGCUUCCAAUCAAACAUAGCUGACCUGGAACUGGAAGUUGCUGGUACCCAGGCUGAAUUCCCAUGCUCUGGCUCUUUGAAGGGUUUACUUUAAAACAUAUCGGCUGCUAAGUUCUUGUGUUCAAUUCCUGUUGAAGGGAGUUGGCUUUUAUCUCUUUCCAAGUAUUUGCAGGCCAACCAGGGGCUUACAUUAAUGGGGCUUCUAGAGGCCCCUGGCUAAUGUGGAAGUUAGUGGCUUUUUCUUUACGAGACCAAACUUUCACAGCAUUCUUUCUUAGAGACGUGUUAAGACAGAGUUUUAAAAUUCUCCUUUGUGAAAAGAACAAGUAUAUUCCCUGGCUCUGAUGUUACCUGUGUUUUGGGGCAAAAGCUUAGCUCUAGAACCAGCUGGAAAUGAGGGGAUUCCAUUAAUGAUCAACCACCUGGGUCAAUAAUGACAAAUCAGUACUGCUGCUAUGUGUAUGACUAUUUCUUGCUAACUUUCAAAGGUCAGGGCCACUCUCGACUAAUCUAGCGACUACAAAAGUGGAUCUACUCAAGAACCAUCUAGCCAGAAGUAGAGAAUUUUAACCUGUCUUCCCUGGGCUUUUGUCUUCUGUCUUUUAUAUGUGAGACAAAGUGUUAAGAAACAAUUUUGCUGUACUGUAGGAAACAGUAUUUUUAAUUCAAUGGUACAUCCUGAAUGCAAUAUACCAUGUAGUUGGGAACACCUUUCAAACAGGCGACUCAAAGAUAGGGAAAGGCUGCUCACCACCACACGAAGACAGCAAGGGCCAUGAGGGAGAGUACAGCCAUGAGGUGCUGUGGCUGUUGGUGAUACCGAUCCCAAAUUUACCUCAUGAUGCCUUGGCUGGGAUCUGUACUUAAGGAGGUCUAGGAAGAUGCCAGGCAUUCACACCCACUCUGGAGAGAAGGGGCUUUUAGGGAAGGUCUGUGGAAGACAAUUGGGGAAAGCAAAUAAGAAAUGGUUUCUUUGCAGUGACAAGACAGGAGGGUUAGUGCUGCCAAGACAGUGUGCAUGUUAGUGGGAGGUGACGCAACACUCAUGUGUACGGGCUGCUUCUGAGAAACUUGUAGGAAGCAGGCUGUGAGCAGGCCCAACGUUGGCAGUACUAACGGAAGGACUUCCAGGCUAAACCAUGAGCUUAACUAUGGAGAGCAGAGACAACCUUCCUUGUAGUUAGGAGAACUGAGGGUUAAACACUGGGCCUGCUCGUCCCUGAGCCAAGCCUAAGAAGGUCCCAGUGGAGCUCUGUUCAUCAGUUCCCCUUACACGCCUGUAGAAAGUUUGGCUCAGAUGACGUGCUGGGUAUCUGUCACUCACUACUCACGAUUAGGGCACCAAAUAGAUGUUGGAAGAAGACUGAAAGGUGCUGGAGGUGUUUGGCCCUACUCUUAAUUAGGAGCCUAUAAGUAGUAAAUAUGAUUUUUAAAUGUAUGACUUGGGUAAGGUGUUAUCUCCCUUCCCUAGCUUAUCAAUGACUUGGCAUUUGCGAUGUCUGCACCAAGAGAUGGGUGUGCUGUCCCUUUGCCAUUCACCCACUGUUUAAACCUCUCUUUGUUCAUGCCGUCUUUCCAGUGUUAGCCAUUAUGCCAUAUCAUAGAACAAAUUCACUACCCCGGAAAAUGUGUCUGUUUGCAUAUCCAUUUGUAGUGCUAGCGUUUUUUUUUUUUAAAAUUCAUUUUAGAACUUUGCCACUGGCCUAAGAAUAGAGUUUCCAGAAGAAUCUUUCUUGUGUAGUUACUUUCCUUAUACCUCUUGGCUACAGGGUGGGCCAAACAAAUGCCAUCUAGCUUUCCAUUUACUGUGUGUGGUUUGGUUUAUCAUCCGAAGAUGGUGGUGCUACUGAUGGUGCUACUUCCUCUGUGUACAAAAGACCGACACAUGGUCUCUGUUGCUACCAAAACAUUGACUGUAUAUAUGUGGAUACCGUAUUAUGUAUAUAUGUAAUGGGUACCAGGCCAGGUUUAUAUUUUUUUUCUUUAGCAGUGUUUCACUUUUCCAAGCUUUCUUUAUAGUGUUAUGCUUGUGUUCAAUUCUUUUUACCCCCAAUUCUGUCUGGUACUUAGAAUUGUAGUGUCUUCAUCGUUAAUUAAAGAAAACUGUCUAAAUGAA